AUCGAAUACGGCGAUCUCGUGAUCGUGUACGAGGGCUUCAAUAAGGCCAAGGCGGUGACGAUCGCCCCGAGGGCGCAGUACCAGAACAAGUACGGGAACUUCUUCCACGUCGAUUGGGUCGGGAAGCCGCUCGGGAGCAAGGUGUUCGGCCGCGGCGAAAACGGCGGCCACGUCUGGCUCCUCGCGCCGACGCCGGAGCUCUGGACGAAGGUCCUGCCGCACCGGACGCAGAUUCUGUACCUCCCGGACAUAUCGCUCAUCACCCUCGAGCUCGAGCUGCGGCCGGGGAGCGUCGUCAUAGAGAGCGGCACGGGCUCGGGAUCGCUGACGCACUCGCUCAUUCGCGCCGUCGCCGGCGGCGGCGCGUCAACGUCGUCGUCCGCGGUGGAAGAUGGAACGUCAACCGUCGCCGCCGCCGGCGGCGGCGACGGGCACGUGUGGUCGUUCGAGUUCAACGCCGUGCGCGCGGCGAGCGCGAGCGCGGAGAUCGUCGCGCACGGCUUGUCGAAACACUGCACGGUGACGUGCAGGGACGUCGAGCGCGACGGAUUUCCGGCGGCGUUGGAAGGCUGCGCGGACGCGGUGUUUCUCGACCUCCCCGGCCCGUGGAAGUGCAUCGAGUCCGUCGCGCGGUGCCUGCGACGCGACGGCGUCGUGUGCGCGUUCUCGCCGUGCAUCGAGCAAGUGCAGCGGACGUGCGAGGCGCUCGAGCGUCACGGGUUCGGAGACGCGAGAACGGUGGAGCUGUUGGGAAGGGAGCACGACGUCGAGGUCAGGGAACUGCAGACGGAUCUGAGCAAAUCGCAGCCGAAGCUGAAGAGCGGCUGGAAGCGAGAGUCCGCGAAGAAGGCGGCGCGGAAGCGGACGCGCGUGGACGGCGACGGCGACGGCGACGGCGGCGCGGCGUCGGACGCGACGGCGCCGAAGAGCGUCGUCGUGUCGUACCCGCGUCAGGCGUCGCAGUCGCACACGGGGUACUUGACGUUCGCGCGGCUC